AUGAAAAUUGACCUCCGAAUACCACUUUUUCUACAGGACUUAAUUAGGAAAGGUAUUCCACAUAAUUUCCGUGGUACCGUCUGGCAACGUUUAUGUAACGCACAAACUUGUCCGACUAAGGAUAAGUACGCCGAAUACGUCAAGAGUUCCUCACCGUGCGAGAAAGUUAUUAAGCGAGACAUAGCCAGAACGUACCCAGAACACGAAUUCUUUCAAGAAAAGGAUGGACCGGGUCAACAGAGUCUUUUUAACGUUAUGAAAGCUUAUUCUCUUCACGACAGAGAAGUGGGUUAUUGUCAGGGGACUGCCUUUAUUGUUGGGUUGCUAUUGUUGCAGAUGCCAGAAGAAGAAGCUUUUACUGUCAUGGUGAGAUUAAUGGAAGACUAUAGACUACGAGAAAUGUACAAGCCUACAAUGGCUGAACUCGGCCUCUGUAUGUACCAGCUAGAGAAUAUAGUACAGGAGAUUCUACCCGAAAUUCACAUACAUCUUCAAUCUCAGAGUUUCCACACUUCAAUGUAUGCAUCUUCUUGGUUUUUAACAGUCUUCACUGCUUCCUUACCUUUCCAGCUAGCCUGCCGAGUCAUGGAUCUUCUGCUGUCUGAGGGUAUGGAAAGUAUUUUCAGAAUAUCUGUAGCAAUACUUCAGUUUUGUAAAGAAGAUAUAUUGCAGUUAGACAUGGAAGGAAUGUUAAAAUAUUUUCAGAAAGAAAUGCCAUCUAAAUGUGAAACUGAUCCCAACUAUAUAAUCAACAUGGCUUUGCAAGUCAAGUAUAACAGCAAGAAAAUGAAAAAGUUGGAAAAAGAGUAUUCAACUUUAAAGGCAAGAGAACAAGAGGAAAUGAUAGAAAUGCGAAGAUUAAGGACAGAAAAUAGAAUACUUAGACAAAGGACACAAAACUUAGAGAAGGAAAGUACUACACUAGCUGGUAGGUUAAUACAAGGACAGGUUAGCAGAGCCCAAGAAGCAGAAGAAAACGAUGUUCUAAAGGGGGAACUUGUUGCUCUGAAAGAUAAAGAAGCUGCAUUAAGGCAUGAGCUAGAGGACGCUUACAAGCAAAUACAAGAAUUGCACGAGGUCAAUAAGACACUGCGAGAAAAUACACCUGAUAAUUAUAUUGCCAGUAAACUGCGAGAAGCGGAGGGACAAUUGGCCCUGAAAGAGUUGCGACAGCAAAUCACAGAUCUUCAGCUGAUGUGUGAGCAACAGUUUUCGAAACCUGAAACUGACUGUUCAUCAGAAACAUCUGGAAAAGAAGAGAAAACAAUGAUUGCUCAUUUGCGGGAAGAUUUACUAUCAGCAAAGCUUCGCGAAACAGAUGCUAUGAUAGAAGUGAAAGAGCUGAGACAGAAAGUCCAGGAACUAGAAGUUCAGAAUCAAGUGAAUCUGAACCAGAUUCGACGACAGAAAGAAGAAAUAAAAAAGUUACAGGAAAAGAUAGAUAUAGCAGAAGAAAACAAUGAUAUUCAAAGUCAACAGAAGGAAGAACGAAAGAAAAAUAUAGACUUAAAUUCUGAGGUGAUGUAUCCAGAAACCCAAUACAGUAGGUUAAUACCUACAGUGGCUCUUCAAAACUACUGUACAGAAAUCACAAAUACCAAAACUAGUAAUAUUUCUAAAGGCUCAUGUAGUCAAAAUAAUAACUUCUUGGACCUACCUUUCAAUGGAUGUAACAGUACUGAAGAUGAUGAGUUGAGUGACCAACUGAUGCAGAUUGGUAAGGAAUCAAAUCACGUAACCAGCAGGGAUUUGUUAGAGAAUGGUAAGAUAGAUGUAAAUGAAGAGACCUGGAAUCUGUGGCCUGCUUCCUAA